UAAAUUAUUUUAUAACAGGUGUAUUUUUCAAGAAGACUGUUAUAUAUAUAUAAGGUAUAGAACUUCUUCUGUAGUUAUUUCAAAAUGAAAGCUAUUGUAGCAUUGAGUAUCGUAGCUAUUAGCUUAAAGCUUGCAAAAACUCAAUGCCGCCAGCCCCAAAACUUAUUGAUGAAUCGAAUACCGGAGUCAAUCAUAGAGGUGCCCCGGAACUUCAUAUCUCCCCCAAUGAAAAUGCCAUACUCAGCCAUAGACUAUAAACAAUUGACACCGUUGCCGCCAAAAAUAUUUUCUGCGCCGUCUACAACUAUUGUGACUGACUGUUCACCAUCAGUUUGUAAAAACCUAGCAAAUGCUUUACAGGUGAUGAUCGUCUGUAAUUUAAUACAAAGUCGUAAGGCUGGUUCUGAUUUGGCAUUACAAUUAGCAUCCCCGCUUAUAAAUGACGUCAUAUCAUCACCAUCAUUUUCAUGUGGUUGCCCAAACCCCCUCUUUCAGAAUCAGGUUCCCAAUAUAGGUACUAAUUUUGAUAGACCUCCAAUAUUUAACUCAGCCCCUGUCAACACAUGCCCAAAACAUAGUUUACUUAAUAUGCUGGGUAUGUUUAGUAAUUAAGCGCGAAUCUAAUUAGUUUAAGUAUUUAUUGUUGAGAGCUAAAUUAUUAUAAUAAAUUUUUUAAUAAC